AACAUGAAAUCAGAAAACCAGACGGAAGUAUCAGAAUUCCUCCUCCUGGGUCUCUCAGAAGAUCUAGAACUGCAGCCCCUCCUGUCUGGGUUGUUCCUGUCCAUGUACCUGGUCACCAUCCUUGGGAACCUGCUCAUCAUCCUGGCCGUCAGCUUGGACUCCCACCUCCACGCCCCCAUGUACUUCUUCCUCGCCAACCUGUCCUUUGUCGACAUUUCCUUCACCUCCACUACAGUCCCCAAGAUGCUAGUGAACAUCCAGACACAGAGCAAAUCUAUCACCUAUGCAGGCUGCCUCACUCAAGUAUAUUUCUUCAUGGUUUUUGUAUGUAUGGACAAUUUACUACUAACUGUGAUGGCUUAUGACCGCUAUGUGGCCAUCUGCCGCCCUCUGUAUUACACAGUCAUCAUGAACCCUCGCCUCUGUAGCCUGCUGAUUCUUCUCUCCUUGCUCAUUAGCAUUAUGAAUGCCCUGCUUCACGGUCUGAUGGUGGUUCAUCUGUCCUUCUGCACAGACUUGAAAAUCCCCCACUUCUUCUGUGAGCUUGCUCAGAUCCUCAAACUUGCCUGUUCUGAUACUCUUAUCAAUGACGUCCUGGUGUAUUUAGUGACUGGCCUGUUGGGGGUUGGUCCCCUCUCAGGGAUAAUUUUCUCUUACACUCGAAUUGUCUCCUCCGUCCUGAGAAUCCCAUCAACCGGUGGAAAGUUCAGAGCUUUUUCCACCUGUGGGUCUCACCUGUCUGUUAUUUGCUUAUUCUAUGGGACUUGUGUUGGAGUCUACCUCAGUUCUGCAUCUUCCUUCUCUUCCAGGAGGCGGGCGGUGGUCUCAGUGAUGUACACGGUGGUCACUCCCAUGAUGAACCCCUUUAUCUACAGCCUGAGGAACAGGGACAUCAAGGGAGCCUUGAGGAAGCUCAUCUCUGGAACUUCUUCGUUUUCAUGA